GAAAAAAGAGCUCGCGGUCGCCGGCCGGCGCAUAAUCCAGGGCCCCGAAAACGUGACGAGACAGGUUCCCUGAAUGAAGAUCAUCGUCACUUUCGAAACUGUCCCGAUCUCCGGCACUGCCAAUCACUAGGCCCUCCAGAUCGUGAGAGUCAGGGAUUGAUGGACCUCAGUGUCACCUGCCAACUAAGAACCAAUGUCGACGUCUUGGUCCGGGACUAUUGUGUACUUAUCAGUAAUCUGUUGCUGCUGUACUGCAGCAAUUGAGAAGAGAUGGAAGCAUGGGGUAGUCUGCUGAGCACUCUGGAGCACGAUGAGAUUGAAAGUGUCUUCCUGGCUAUUUGCGACCAUCGCUUGAAUCACAUAUACCCGACUACAGCCAUUACACCGCUGGAGGUCCCGAGACACGAUAGCGCCAUCUCUGUUGCUUCUGUCAAAGAUGAAGACAUCGCAGCCUUGCGACCGACAGCCAAAGUCCGAUCUCAGGAUUCGCCCUCGCGACGUACAGAUGCAGAAGAAUACCCGACCAAGGAAGACUUUGACAAUGCCUUCUGGGCCAGCACAAGGCAAAAUGGUAUCAUACAAUACUGGGCUCCUCGUCAUACUUCCUCGCCGCAUCACAACACUACACUAGCCACCAGAACGCCGAAUAUAUCUCGUGCUGCUCAUCAAUCACACAAAGGCUGUACAGCAGUAUUUCUCUCCGCAGAAACGGGCUCCCUCGCCUUCAACCACGUAGCAGCCGGAGUCCACAAAGUCCUCUGUUGGGACUCCAACCCCUGGAGUAUAGAAGGACUGAGAAGAGGUGCUGUAAAAAAUAGAUGGAACGUUCAAAUUCGGCGGAAAAGCCAGAGUCGGUGCAAGAGUCUUGGUUUGCUCCCGAAAACCAGGAUUGUAGCUUUUGAAGAGGAGGAUGAGAAGGCUUUGGCGAGGGUUAAUGACUUGAGGCAUAAGUUGCCGCCUGUUCGUCGUGUACAUUGUGGAUCAACAACUACAUCUCGGAAGUCGUAUGCGAUGGCGGCAGCGAUUUUGGAUCCAGAGCUAGGUGGUUGGGUCUAUAUCCAGGAAGGCUGCGGCGUCCAAGAGGUGGUACCCAGAUCCAUCGAGAUGCGCGCGGAUUUGGAAGAGAUUGUCCAGACCCUUGACCGAGAAAGAGGAUACUUAGGCAAUGGCAAGAUUGACGCCAGAAAACCUGUCGUAGAGCACAUCCAACGUACCGCUUCCCACACCCCUGGUGUAUUUACUUGUAGUAUAGAUAUCCACAUACCACCACUUCGAAUAUGAGAUCAUCCUCCCAAAUCGAAGG